AUAAUUAUUUUUUUAAAAAUUUUAUUAUUUUUACGAAAUUUCAAAUGAAAAUCUAUUUUUUAUUUUGAGAGUUAACUGUAAAAAUUUCUCAAUAGAAAUCAUAUAGGGUUUUAUUUAUUUAUUUUUGCAAUUACAUAACUUAUUUCGACAAGUAGUCGAAAGGUUAAAAGUCGGUCAUUGUGUAUUGGAACUGAGUGAAACGAUUCUUUUGUAUUAUAAAAAGAAAAAGAAAAGUAUUCUUUGAAAUAAUUGUUUUGAGAAAAAAAAAGGAAAUUAUGACAGAAAAUAUUUGGAAAAAUGGACCCUUUAUUGGUGCUAUUGAUGAAGGAACUAGCAGUGCUCGAUUUUUGAUUUUCGAUGUUUUACGAAGAAAAGUUGUGGUAUCGCAUCAAAUAGAAAUAAAGCAAAAAUAUCCCCAGGAAGGAUGGGUCGAACAGGAUCCAAAGGAAAUACUACAAGCUGUUAUGGAUUGUAUAAAAGUGACAAUGAAUAAAUUAAAAGACGUGGGUUUGUCAAAAUCAGAUAUUAAAGCAAUUGGAAUUACAAAUCAACGUGAAACAACUCUUGUUUGGGAUAAAAAUACCGGCGAACCUUUACACAAUGCAAUUGUUUGGCUCGACAUGAGAACAACAACAACAUUGGAGGAUGUUCAAGAUAAAAUUCCAAAUAAAUCGAGAAAUAAAAAUUAUCUAAAGCCAAUUUGUGGAUUACCAAUGUCACCAUAUUUUAGUGCACUGAAAAUUCGUUGGCUAAUUGAUAAUGUACCGAAAAUAAAGCAGGCCGUACAAAAUGAGACAUGUGCCUUUGGAACUGUCGAUACAUGGCUAAUAUGGAAUCUCACUCAGGGAAAAUUGCACGCAACAGACGUUUCAAAUGCUUCAAGAACAAUGUUAAUGAAUAUUGAAACAUUAAAAUGGGAUCCGUUACUUUGUAACUUUUUUGAAGUUCCCCAACACAUUCUACCGCAAAUACGUUCAAGUGCGGAAUUUUAUGCUCUAAUUGAAAGUCCAAAUGUACUUUCGGGAAUCCCAAUUUCAGGGUGUGUAGGAGAUCAACAAGGAGCUUUACUUGGUCAAUUGUGCUUAAAACCCGGACAAGCGAAAGCGACAUAUGGAACUGGAUGUUUUUUACUCUACAAUACCGGAAAUGUGAAGGUGGAUUCAAAUCACGGAUUAAUAACAACAGUGGCAUAUAAAUUGGGAAAGAAUCCGGCAAUUUAUGCACUUGAGGGUUCAGUCGCUGUGGCUGGAGCUGCUUUAUCUUGGUUGCGAGAUAAUAUGCAAAUGCUCAGCAAUAUCACACAAUCGCAAGAUUUAGCGGAACGAGUUCGUUGCUCUGGCGAUGUUUAUUUUGUUCCAGCUUUUUCCGGAUUGUACGCUCCCUAUUGGCAACAAGACGCGCGAGGUGUAAUUUGUGGUAUCACAGAAGAUACACAGCAAUAUCACAUUAUUCGCGCUGCUCUAGAAGCCGUUUGUUUUCAAACGCGCGAUAUACUUGAGGCAAUGGUAAAAGAUUCGGGAACGAAAUUGACAACACUACAAGUAGACGGCGGAAUGACUGUCAAUGAUUUAUUGAUGCAAUUGCAAGCCGAUAUUACUGGAAUUCAUGUUGUGCGUCCAAAAAUGUUUGAAACAACAGCUUUGGGUGCAGCAAUAUUGGCGGGUAUUGGAGCAAAUCUCAUAGAAAUCACUGAUGUCGAUGCAUCACAAAUUACGAAAUUCUCCCCUCAAAUUGGAGAAGACGAACGAGAUCUGCGUUAUUCAAAAUGGAAAGCCGCAGUCGAACGCUCAAUGAGUUGGGACACAGCAACAGCUCCAAUUCACGAUAGUUAAAAACAGAAAAUUCUUUCUAUUCCUAAUCACGAAUAAAUUAGAUAUUGUUAGGAGAGCAAAAGAAAUUUUUCUCUUAAAAUUUCUUUUUUUAUUUUUUAAAAAUUUUUGCA